GUUGUCCAGGCGGCUGCGCGUGCUGCCGUGACUGGCUGCAGUAUAUAAAGGCGGCCAGCGGUCAGCACUCACUACGGUCAAGCCGUACAGAACCGUUAACGGCGCCGCGUUUACUGCCCCAAAAACCGUUAAAUUCUCCGCUCCGCUACCGGCACCUGUGUCCCCUCACAAGCCGGGAGAGAGGGGGGUCCAGAGCGGGGCGAGACACCACGGACCGACCAGCAUGGACCCCCAAGUGAAGGACCGAACCAGCCCGGCGGCGGGGGGCUUCAGCGGGCGCCUGGCCUCUCUGGGAGCCGACGGGGGUGACUCGGAGUCCGGAGCCGGCUCAGAGGAAGCUGGCGUGGGCUGCUGCAGCGACACGUUCAGCAGUCUGCCCGACAUGGAGCAGGAGACUCUGGAGGAGAAAUUAAGAGGACUGGCGUUCAGAAAACAGACCUCGUAUCGGAAGGCGAUCUCUCGUUCAGGCCUGCAGCACCUCGGCCCCCCUCAGCCCUCCCUGCCUCCUGCGUCCAACGGGCCCAACAAAGAGCUGCGGACCGGCGUCGACUGGACGGAGAACGCAGUGAACGGGGAUCACCUGUGGAUGGAGACGAGCUGCUCAGGAGAACUCUGUUACCUGGGAGAGGACACCUGCCUGCUGAAGACCGCAAAGUCGGCCCCCAGGAAGAAAUGUGCUGCCUGUAAGAUCGUUGUUCACUCCGGCUGCAUAGAGCAACUAGAAAAGAUUAACUUCCGAUGUAAGCCAACCUUCAGAGAGGGGGGAUCCCGCUGCCUCCGAGAUCAGAACAUACUGAGACAUCACUGGGUCCACAGACGGAGACAGGAGGGGAAAUGUAGACAGUGUGGAAAAAGUUUUCAACAGAAGUUCUUCCACAGUAAAGAAAUUAUCGCCAUCAGUUGUUCCUGGUGUAAACAAGCUUUCCACAAUAAGGUGACGUGUUUCAUGCUGCACCAGAUAGAGGAGCCGUGCUCUCUGGGGGCCCACGCCGGAGUCAUAGUACCACCCUCCUGGAUCAUCAAAGUCAGGAAACCACAGAGCUCACUUAAGAACUCUGCCAGGAGAAAAAAGCGGACAUCUUUCAAACGAAGGACGAGCAAGAAGGGACUGGAUGAGUCUAAAUGGCGUCCGUUCAUGUUGAAGCCUCUCCCGUCACCUCUCAUGAAACCCAUCUUGGUUUUUGUCAAUCCCAAGAGUGGAGGCAACCAGGGUGCCAAGGUGUUACAGAUGUUCAUGUGGAUCCUGAACCCUCGACAAGUCUUUGACCUGUCUCAGGGUGGGCUGCGGGAGGCGUUGGAGUUGUAUCGGAAAGUGCCAAAUCUGAGGAUCCUGGCCUGUGGAGGGGACGGCACGGUGGGGUGGAUCCUGUCCGCUCUAGAUGAGCUGCAGAUGAACCCCCAGCCUCCGGUCGCUGUUCUUCCUCUGGGAACAGGAAAUGACCUCGCCAGGACGCUCAACUGGGGUGGGGGUUACACAGACGAGCCGGUGUCCAAGGUCUUGUGUCACGUGGAGGACGGCUCGGUGGUGCAGCUGGACCGCUGGAACCUGCUGGUGGAGAAAGGGGCCGCGCAGCCAGAGGAGGGCGCACAGAAGCUGCCUCUAAAUGUGUUCAACAACUACUUCAGCCUGGGCUUCGACGCUCACGUCACCCUGGAGUUCCACGAGUCCAGAGAGGCCAACCCGGAGAAGUUUAACAGUCGCUUCCGCAACAAGAUGUUCUAUGCAGGAGCUGCGUUCUCAGAUUUCCUCCAGAGAAGCUCGAGGGAUUUGUCCAAGCACGUCAGAGUGGUGUGUGAUGGAACCGAUCUGACUCCCAAGAUCCAGGAGCUGAAAUUUCAGUGCAUUGUGUUUCUAAACAUUCCCAGGUACUGUGCUGGCACCAUGCCGUGGGGAAACACAGGCGACCACCGGGACUUUGAACCGCAGCGCCAUGACGACGGCUGCAUCGAGGUUAUCGGCUUCACCAUGGCCUCACUGGCGGCGCUACAGGUCGGAGGUCACGGGGAGAGGUUGCACCAGUGCAGAGAAGUCGUUCUUACUACCUUCAAGACUGUACCUGUUCAGGUGGACGGUGAGCCGUGUCGUUUGGCUCCUUCCACUCUCCGCAUCUCCCUUCGAAAUCAGGCCAACAUGGUCCAGAAGAGCAAGAGACGCACCUCUGUGCCCCUUCUCAACGAUAUUCAGAAGGUGUGUGCAGCUGAUCUGCGCCGCCUCUCUGCUCCCCCCGACUCCUUCUCUGUCCCUCACGCGGUUCCGGAUCGUCUCCGUCUCCGAGUGAACCGGAUCAGCCUGCAGGAGUACGACAGGCUGCAGUACGACAAGGAGCGACUACGGGACAUCUCCAUCCCAGUAGGCAUUGUGGUGGUUCGGGGCGACUGUGACCUGGAGACCUGCAGACUUUAUAUCGACAGAUUACAAGAGGACUUACACCAGGCGCCAUCUACUGGCCACAGAGUGCACUAUCAGGAUGAGACCAGAGGCGUCCCCAGGACCAGUUCAACCAGCAGACUCUCUCCCAACUGGAGCUUCUUGGAUUCCACGUCAGCUGAUCGCUUCUAUCGCAUCGACAAGGCUCAGGAGCACCUCCACUUUGUGACGGAGAUCUGUCAGGACGAGGUGUUCAUCCUGGACCACGAGGGCCCGCUGGUGAACCAGAGCUCGUCCACGGGGAUGCCUGACCUGGUGGUGGAGCCCACUGCUGGAGUUCCCCUGACACCUGAGGAACAAGUUCUGAUGAAAGCUGCCAGUACAGGAGACCUGUCUACGCUGUCGGAGUGUGUGCGUCGAGGCGUCAGCUUGUUGGUCAGAAACUCUGGAGGCUGUUCAGCGUUACAUAUAGCUGCUCAGAACGGACACACGGAGCUGGUCAGCUUCAUCCUGCAGCAGGGUUCGAAGGUGCUUCUGGAUUUGACCGACAGAGAGAAAGGGGACACUGCCUUGCACAAAGCAGCCUCAGAGAAGCAGCACGCCGUGUGUCGACUGCUGGUGGAGGCCGGGGCGUCGCUCGACAAGACCAACUUCCAGGGGAAGACGGCAGCGGACCAGGCGGAGGGAGACACGGAGCUCUCCACCUUCCUCAACUCCCAGCAGCACACGUCUUCUUCUGCCACCCACGAAGACUUGGAGACGGCUGUCUGAGGCUCACACACACUCACACACACACACACACACACACACACACACACACACUCGGUCUCCCUGGACUCUGCACACACUCGUAGUGGAGACGAAUCUCGAGAGAGAAAAGUGUAAAAAAAGAAAAGAAAAGAAAGGAGGAGUGUGUUUGUCUCUGCAGACGAGACGAAGCGGAGGAGCUCCGGCUCCCAGCAGCACUAGAGGAGAUUCUAAUGGUCAACUAUUUAUUUGUAUUUAUUUAUUCAUAUUCUAUUUAUUGGUUGUGCUGAUUGAUUGAUUGACUGAGUGAUUGAUCGUAGGACUUUUAUCGGUUCAGGAUGCAAGUGCACUUUGAGCAGCCGUCGUGAGUUCAGCGUGUCGUUUAGGAACUCGCGGAAAUGUUCCUUUUUUUUUUUUUGGUCACGAUUCAUAUUUACAGGAUGAGUUCAUGUGUUGAUCAAACAUUUAAACGCUUUCUUUUCUUCUGAAAAUAAUCAAAAUGACAUAAAUACUUAAGUUUUAUAAAUGUUUACCCCCAUAAAAACUGUGUGCCAAAGACAUUACUCUGACGUAGUGUCCUAUCUGUUUCAGCGACGAGUCGAUCACAGACGUUUGUUUUCACUUCAAUCUGCUUUCAGACCAAAUUAUCUUCAUGUUCCAUUCAGCCACUUUACUGGGUCAACGGAGGGCUUUGAUAACAUUAUAAAGGUGAAAAAAAUAUCAUUUCAACUGUCUCACGUUAGUUUAAAUACAGACAGAAGAAAGGAAAAGUUUAUUUUUAAAGGCGAGACACUUCAAGCAAAAACACUGUCUUUUAUACAAGACUAUUUUGAGAUUUUGAGCUAUUUUACUUCCAUAACAUGUCUUCUUGUAAACUAUUGCAAAGAAAACAUCCAAAAUACUAAUUUAAGGGUUUAUUUUGUCUAUUUGUAUGUGUAAAUAUCUCCUAAAUUUACCAAAAGUUAUUAGGUAAUGCCUCAUUUGCAUAUUUUAACUUAUAUUUUGAAUUAUUUUAAUAUAUAAGUAACAAACUGGGGAUGUUUCAUGGUAUUCUCUAUUAGGUAAUUAAUUUUAUUAUUAUUAUUAUUUUUAUUUUUAUUAUUUAUUUUUUGUGUCUCACCUUAAAACCAGAGCUACAAAUUACUUCAAGACUUCAUGUAAAAAAUACCAAAAAACACCAAUAAACCAUUCCAGGCAGCGAGCAAAACUUUGAGAUAUUAAACAGAAUAAAACACUUAAAAACUUUUAAUAAAUAUGUAAUUAAUUAUAAAUAAUUCCACUCUGCACAAGGAGGCUUUUAAGACAUUUUUAAAAAUGAAAAAAACACAUUUUUAGUUUAUUAUUUAGCUUAUUUAUUAAAAAAAUUGAUAAAUGAGAAAAUAAAGUAUAAAUACAAAUAAAAUAAACAGCAAAAUACACAUCAUAACUGUUCAGUUUUAGUCAAUUACUGACUACUUAAAAAUAAAUAAAUUAAUAAAUAAAAUGAAUAGCUACACGCAGUGGGAACACAAAACUUUGUGAUGCAGGACGUGAAAAAAAAUCGCUUUUCGCUCCAACUUCUCCCAGUAAAUAAUGAUUUAAAUAUGUUUUAAAGUGUCACAAGCUAAAAAAAUCAAUGGGAACCUCCAUUUUAUUCCACAUUUUUUGGAGCUAAAUCUGGAAAAAACUAAAUUCUCCCAGUUAUCUUUAACCUCAAUCACAGAAUGUUUUACCAGAUGUGGUUUUAAAAAAUCAGAUAUAUACAAAAAGAAACAACACAUUAGUUUAACUGUAAAUGCAGCCUGCUGGUUAUAGACCAAACUCUGUUUAAAAAACAGGCGAUUUAAUGGAUAUCACAAACUUUUCAACAAAGUUUCCAAACGCUGCCGUCACAGAAACAAACAUUUUAACUUUUCAUAGUGUGUAUCUGGUACUCCUGACCCUGACGAGGCUUUUCACAUGCAGUAUGUGUGUGUAUGCGUGUGUGUGUGAGUGUGUGUGUUGAUAUUCCUCAUUCCAUAUCAAACCAGAAAAGAGAAGUCAGUCCAGCUGCAACGGAAACAGUCUUCAUCUGCUCUCUGUGCAGCCGAACAUGACUAGACUGUGUGUGUGUGUGUGUGUGUGUGUGUGUCUGUGUGUGUGUGUGUGUGUGUGUGUGUGUGUGUGUGUGUGUGUGUGUGUGUGAGAGUGCAGCAUUUAUCCAAGAAGAAAGAAAAAAAAGAAAAAUCUGAGCCAUAUUCAAUGCAAUAUGAAUAGAUGACGUCUUUUUGCAUUUCUAUAUUAAUCGUUUACAUUACAUUAAUGUUUUGAACAUAGUCGACCAUUUAGCACCGAGGAGUAUUGAAUGUGCAAUUUUACUUCAGUGCUGGUUGGGUAUAUGAUUGUCUUGUUAUUUUUAAUUUCAUGUUUUGUUUUUUGUUUUUCUUUUGUGUGCAUGUAUGUCAAUGGAUUGAACUUUUAAAAACAAACCCUGUGAGGUCUCUUUUGAUAUAACCUGUUGUAAACUAAAUUGAUAUAUAAAGUGGGAACUGCUUUUCCAAAAGUAUUUGUGGGGACAUUUGAACCAUUUUAACACAUGUAGCCAUCGUAGAAGUUUAAAUAAUCAUUAUAUUAACCUUUAUUUAUGUUACAAAGUGCUUGAGAAGAUAAAAUAAAUUCCAGAAAGUGGUUAAAAUGAGAAUAAGGCCAAACAACAUGAGCACAGAGGAGGUAAAAAUAUUAUAAAAAAGAAGAAAAAUUUUAUUUUAAAGUGACACUUUUUAAAUAUAAGCAUACAUUUACUCUAACUUUUUGCAUGGCUUGAUCACAUCCAUUAAUUGCAAAAUGAAUAUGCUGAAUUUGCAUAUUCACACAAGAAAAAAAUGACUCUAGCAAGAAAUUCUUAAUAGACUAUCAAUGUAGAGAUUUUCCUGUAUAAAUCUGCCUUGAUUGAUCCAAACUCCAUUUAAAAAAUGAGCAUUUUAAACAUUCUUUGCUUGCCAUUUUGCAGACAGACCUGACAAAGCAUUAAUUUAAACUUUUUACACAUCUGCAUCAUGAUGUCGUUAUUUCGGCUUACUCUUUAUCCAUUUAUUAAAUAUUAAUUCACAGAAAAAUCAUUUUAUUUUGGGUUCAUAUCGCUGUUGUUGCAGCAGUUCUCUGGACACACAAAUCUGCCAUCAAACAUCGUUCUCAGCUUGUAAAAACAAAUACAAAUAAAAAUAAUCACUAAUUAAGAAUUGAAAAUUGACAGUUAUCAGCUUCUGGAUAGAUUUUCUGCUUUUUUUGUUUUCUAUGUGGAUUUAUUUAGACUGUUGGUUGGACAUAAGUUCUUUAAACAUAUCAAUAUGAUUGUUCGUUGUAGCCGUAAACCUUUUUAUUUUAAUGACCAUGUUGGUGUUCAUCAGAGUGAGAAUAAACCUUUCCUGACAUGGCAUUUAUUUACAAAUUUUCUCACUUAAUCAAUUAGCUCGUCUUGGUUAUUUACAAUCAUAAAUUACCCUCCAAAAUAAAAUACGGUCUGGCAAAAAAAAGUAUAAUUUUUUUUUAAUUUUUCAUAUCAAAAAUACAUUUUUAUUAGACACUUUCCAGCCAAACAAAAGCCAUUUUUACUUUUUUUUUUUUUUUUGCCUUGGUAUGACUAUAUUAACUGUUUAAGUAAAUUAUAUAAAAAGCAGAACAAUUAAUUUCAAAAAAUGAUUUUAAUCUAAAAGUCACACAACAGUCUGUGCUACAGCUUUUUGUUUAUGGUUGGUGAGAUAUUCUGCCUCACUUAAUCAGUUAGCUCGUCUUGGUUAUUUACAGUCAUAAAUUACCCUCCAAAAUAAAAUA